GCAACAGCCUGGUACUCUCGGUCGUUGCCCUCCCCCGGCCUCCCCGGCCUCCUCGCCCGCGUGCCCUGCUAUUAUCGAAUUCUUGCCUGCCGCCGCCGCCGCCGCUGCCGUGCCCGCUUAGAUCGACUGCUGCGCCGGCCGGUGCAUGUGAGCAUAAUUACCCUAAUUACUAAUGAGCAUCGAGAUAGCAGGUGCAGAGGCACCUCAAGUUAAGGGGAAGUUCCUUGGUAUACUCGUCUGCUGGCUUUUGGGAAAUGGAAGCCUUUUCGCGUGGAACAGUAUGCUCACCAUCGAAGAUUACUAUGUCGCUCUCUUCCCGGAUUACCACCCAACAAGAGUCCUCACACUAGUUUACCAGCCUUUCGCCUUUGGAAUCACCUGCAUCAUGACAUACUAUGAAGCGAAGAUGAACACAAGACGCAGAAAUCUAGCAGGAUUUUCCCUUUUCUUCAUCGGUUCUUUCGCAUUGAUAAUUCUGGAUAUUGCUACUAAAGGACGGGGUGGGCUUGGAGUCUUCGUUGGUGUAUGCAUAAUCAGCGCCGUAUUUGGAACGGCUGAUGCGAAUUGUCAAGGCGCAUUGGUUGGCGACCUUUCCUUGAUGUGCCCGGAGUUCAUUCAGUCCUUCCUUGCGGGCUUGGCUGCAUCAGGAGUUCUAACAUCCGCUCUGAGGUUAAUUACCAAGGCAGCUUUUGAGAACUCAAAAGAUGGUCUUCGCAUUGGAGCUAUACUAUUCUUUUCAGUAACAUGCCUGUUCGAGCUGGUGUGCCUCCUCCUAUACACGUUCGUCUUCCCCAAACUACCCAUCGUGAAGUACUACCGCUCGAAGGCGGCCGCUGAAGGGAGCAAGACUGUUGCCAGCGACCUCGCUGCUGCAGGACUCAGCACUGAACAGCACGGACAAGCCGAGGAGGAUCCACAGAAAUUCAAGCGUUUGAGCACCAAGGAGCUGCUGGUGGAGAACAUCGACUACGCGCUUAAUAUCUACCUGAUAUACGUCCUGACACUGUCGAUCUUCCCAGGAUUUUUGUCUGAAGACACCGGAGCGCACAGCCUGGGAGAAUGGUACGCGCUCGUGCUGAUCGCGAUGUACAACGUGUGGGACAUCAUCGGGCGGUACCUGCCGCUGAUCCCGUGCAUCAAGCUGACGUCCCGGAAGGGCAUGACGGCGGCGACCCUGGCGCGGUUCCUGUUCAUCCCGGCGUUCUACUUCACGGCCAAGUACGGCGACCAGGGGUACAUGAUCUUCCUCACCUCCUUCCUGGGGCUCAGCAACGGGUACCUCACCGUGUGCGUCCUCACGGAGGCGCCCAAGGGGUACAAGGGCCCCGAGCAGAACGCGCUGGGGAACGUGCUCGUCGUCUGUCUCCUCGGCGGCAUCUUCUCCGGCGUCGUGCUCGACUGGCUGUGGCUGAUCGGCAAGGGGUGGUGAUCCGACCCUGCGCGGGAUCAGUUAGAUUUUAGAUCUCUGUUCAUCUUGCUCGUGAAGCUUCACUCUUUGUUUUUAAACUAUGAGCAGGAGCACAGCUCUAUUAUUUAAGAACAAGGAGAAAUUCAAAUAUUGUAACUGUUGUGAUUACAUGAAUAAACUGAAAGGUGCCUCAAUGUA